AUGUCGGUGCUGACAGCUUUUGGGAAGCUCCCGACGCUUAACUCCGCUACCAUUUUGUUGGUGGGGGUAAAUGAUAUUUUACAGCAGCAGUUAGCAGAAGCCAUCCUUAAGGAAAAACAAGAUUUCAACAUAAAUAUCCACUUGACAACCUCUCUCCCUUUACCUGCGGAGAGAGAUCACAUCCGCCCUCGGAUUGAUCUGAUUGUCUUUAUAAUAAACAUUCAAAGCAAAUACAGUUUUAAGGAUAUUGAAGCAUCAUUGAUACAUGUAGAUGCCAACUUUUUCCUUGGAAAAGUGUGCUUUCUGGCUGUGGGUGUUGGUAGAAUGCAUCAAAUCAGUGUGGAUAUGAAUGCUGUCUUGAAGUUGGCAGAUCGGUACUGUAGCCCUGUUCUGUUCUGUGAGCUAGAAUGUGAGAAGAUCAGAAUUACCACAGCUCAGAGGUUGCUCCGGAUGCUGCAAAUAUGUGCUGGCCACAUGCCAGGGAUAUCUGCUCUCUCCUUUAGUUCUUUAAUGAAAAGUUCCAUGGAUGACUCCAGCUUCAUGGCAUAAAACCUUUUUUAGUUUUGUUUUCAAAACAGUUUCUGAAUGAACUGAAUGUUUCAGCUAUUUUAAAAGGAAGCAACAUCACAUUUAGAACUUAGAGCUCAUAAUGACACAUGCCUCUCUCUCAGAAGCAUGGUUUAAAUUAUAUAUUUAAUUCAGGACAGGGGCAUUAGACGUGAACAUUAGGUAACUUGAAAGCAGCCGAACUGGUCCCAGGAAUGACCACCUAUUUGUUUGCUUUCUAGAAGAGCAUCCUGUUUUCCCACAUGUAGGUUUGGCUUAAAGGGGAUAUCAAAUGUGUGUUGAGAAAGCCCCCUAUAGAGAAAGCAAUCACAUGACCACAAGAUGGGCACAAGUGAGGCAGGUAAAUGUAAAGCCAUUCUGAGUCCCAGAGCUAACUGGGUAGGCCUUUUAAUUUCAGAAGCACAGUUGUGGGUUGGCAGCUCCAGUUAGAAAGAAGAGGCUGCCAUUAGAGGACUUGAG